UGGCUCCCGCGCGUCGAGCACGGUCCCCGAAUGCCUCCCAGUCACUCUAUGCCGACGACACAGAAGAGGAGUCGGAGCAGGAGCACACUCCGAAACCGCAGAAACUCAAGAAACGCCUCAGUGAGGUCCACCGGUCAGGCGAUGGCGAAGGCAGCUUUUCUGGCGGAGGGGAAGGAGGCCGGCCCCCGCUCCGAUCAGUGAAUAUCAACGACGAUGCCGCGGAGAAGAGGAGACGAAGAAAGAGCACGAAGAUCCAUGUUAUCGAGAACAUUGCGGGGCCUUCGACUGAGGGAACGCAAGAUCAGGAGGGGGCACCGGCUGCUGGAGGGGAGUCAUCGCGUCCCGCGAAACAAAAACUCAACACAGUCGCGCUGCCUGUCAUCAACGUCUCCCGCGACGUAAUGAGCUCGAAUUACGAGGAAUGGAUGAAGAUGGCGACCGAUAAUGAAAUCAACGCGCAGAAUUCAUGGAGUUUCGCGCUCAUCGACUACUUCCACGACAUGUCGCUGCUGCGGAACAACGACGACAACUCUAUCAACUUCCAGCGCGCGUCAUGUACCCUCGACGGCUGUGUCAAGAUCUGGACGAGUCGCGUCGACAGCGUCGGCACCGACACGGGCAAGCUGCUCAGCAACCUCGAGACAGGCGGUACGAAUGUAGACGACGAAGGGCACGACUCUGACAACCCCGAUGGCGACCAGUCGCAGCCAAAAAAACGCAAGGAGCGUGGCCAGAACUCGACGCUGGUCAAAGAUCCCGCCCAGCUCAAGAACAAGAAGCCGGAUUUGGAGUUUGCGGUCGACCCUUUGUUCAGGAAGACGUGUGCCGACUUCGACGAAGGCGGGGCUGGUGGGCUCUUGAUGAACCAUCUCUCGCUGGGUGUUGGCUCGGAGGGUUGCAUGCGGGUCGUUUUCGACGCUAGCGACCCUAUGGGUAAAGUCGAGGAAGAAGAGGUCGUUGAAGAACCAGAAGACGACGUCGAUCUCAGCUACCUAAGAAGACACUUUCUCCCUGAUCUCGGCAUCCUCGAGGACAAGGCAAUCUCGCACUCCCUCGAAGGGUUCUCCUUUGCCAGAGACGCGUUCACGUUCGACGACACGACCUUCUUCGCGGACAACACGCGGAACUUCGGGUCCGAUGACGACGACGCUGACGGCGAUGGCGGGAUGAACAUGGACCCGGGCGACACUGCCCCCGUCGAGGACUUUUUCGUCGGUGCCGACGCUGUUAACGACGAUUUUGGUGACAUGGGCGGGGACGAGUUUGGUGGCGACAACGAUAACCAAUCGAAUAAUGGUGGAUUUGAGCCUGCGGCCGAAGGAGAGCCCAGCCGUACAGGUCCUUUCGUACCUUUCGACCCAAGACAGAUGCCUACUGAGCGUAAUUUUGUGUUGGCAAUGGCUGAUGGAGACGGAGGGACUCUCGAUUACUUUGAUCAGAACUUCCACAAAAACUGGGCUGGUCCCGAGCAUUGGAAGCUGAGAAAGGUCAUCCGGAGACGGGCGGAGACGGAUGCCAGAGCUAGCAAACCCAACAAACGGCAGAAGGAAGCGACGAAGAUCGACUUCAUGUCUCCUCCCGAAAAGACCAUCAAGGAGCUGACCAAGGAGCUCUUCGCGGAGCCUGCGAAGCUUGGUUCAAUCAACCUUGCGGGCACAGGCACUACAACAGGCAAGAAGGGCAAGAAGAAGAAAGAGAAGGUCGACGACCAUAGGCUGCCUGAUGAUAUGCACUUCUCGAGCAAGCAGCUCGUUACACUGUUCUUGAAGCCCAAGUUCUUCGUGAAAAUGCGAGGAAGACGAGCAAAGAUUAAUGAGAAUGGCGACGGUGAGGUCGACGAGAACUUCUGGGCGCAAGCAGCAGCAGACCAAGCAGCUAACCGAGACAAUGACGGUGACGAGAGCAACGACGCCCCAGCUCCCUUCAACACUCAAUUCUUCCACGAAGACGACUUCGGGCCCGGAUUCGACGACGACGGGGGGUACGACGGCGAGGGCGGGGGCAUGAGUGUCGGUGGGACGGAAGAGGAGCAGGACCUGUUGGCUGCGACGCAGGGUCAGACGCGCCGCGUUAGACCGGAGUUCGUCAAUUACGCGAAAAGGGCGAAGAGGGUCGAUGUUAGGAAGCUGAAGGAGAAUAUAUGGAAGGGCUUGGAGAUCGUGGUGCCGAAGAGCGAGACGGAGAGGGAGGACAGUAUGGACGUCGACGACGCUGACAAAGACGACCUCGAACCUACCGACCCCUCCGAGUCGCGCCAGUUCAGCCAGGUUAUAACGGGCCUGAACAGGACGUACCCGCGCGACAAGAUGGAGGAAAUCAGCACGAGCUUCUGCUUCAUCUGCCUGUUGCAUCUCGCCAACGAGCAGGGCCUUAAGCUCGAGGCGGCUGUCGAGGACAGUCCGAGGGAGAGCGGUAUGGACGUGGAGGAUGAGUUCGUGUCUGGGGAUAAGAAGAUUGGGAAUAUCUGGGAUGUUAAGGUUUAUCGGGAUCCAACGGCCACAAAAUCUGCUUAAG